UUCUGCAACAAAUUUUCAAACGUGAUACUAUGUUGAUAUCGAGUGGUAAUUUAUGAUGUAAAUUAUGACUUUAUAUCCGAAGGUUGUUUUCUAAAAUAAGACUGUUCAUUGAUCAUUCGAUGUUUCAAAAUAUAAUCAAGGUUGGCUGGAAACUUGAACGAUCACCUUUUAAAGGAUAACAAAUUCACAUUUUUUUAUAUUAGGCACAAUAAAUCUUGAGUUUAUUUCAUUUAUGGAAAAUUAAGAGUCUAAUUCAUGGUAUCGGAGUGAAACUGAUUGCUUCAUUGGAAAGAGGUUUGACUGUUCAGGUUGUACUUAUGAAAUCGGAUCCAGUCCAAACACUUUAUCCUUGACUUUUUGUUACAUUUUCUCUGCUCAAACGUUCCAUUUUAGGAGUAUAUGCCGUGAACUAAGUCGAUAGACUAACUGACACGUCGUUAAACUGCACGUGCAACGUGAUUCACGAGCGCAAUAAUUGUGACAAUCAUUUAUUAUACUCUUCUUGCCCUCUCUCUAUCUCUUUCCGUAGACCCUCGGUUCUAUCAGCAGGGAACACAGUUCGUGCCUAAGUGUCUUGAGACUUGCAUACGAAUCGUGGAUUACGCGCUUCGAUUUUGCUAAAUCACGCGAGUCGAGUACGCGAUGACUAUAAAUCUUCCGAUAGUGAGGAAAGCGAUUGCGAGAAAGCCGAUAAUUGCAUGCAAUAAGUAAUUUACAUAUUCGUAGAGUCACUGAACAGUCUCCUCCAUCAUUCUUUAAGUAAUCGGUUUUCACGAUGACACAAUGGAAAAUUGGAUUUUUUAGACGGGACACUAUUGAAAUACCACCGCAGCGAAAGGGUUAAACGCGUUUCAACUGUUAAAAAGGUACUUUGGUCGGCAGUGAUUCGACUGUGUCACCGUUUCCUGUGUCUAAUCCGUCGCGCAAAGACCCCUUUCGAGCGUCGACGACACAAAGCUACUUAAACAAUUCUUCCCCAUUGACUUCUGCGUCACGUAGAAGCUCGUUUCUUGUACCAGCGACAACUGAAUCGCACCGUCCUCGCGUACUCGAUUGUUCUCACAAUGGUGAUUUUUCAUGUCGCGGCUAUUCGUUGCUUUAUUAUCGCGCGUGCACGGAAACGCGCGGUCCUUCGUUCCCGAAGAUUCACUCGAGCCUCCUCGUCGCUGCUGAAACGACCAAACAUCGUUUCAACGAAAAGGUGGUUUAGCCGCAGGCAGCCGCGAGAGAUGUGGUCACGAACGCGAUUCUUGGUGCUGGCUUCGAUGCUCGCGUUGCUUGUUGGUGCACGGGUCAGCAACGGUUCGCAGAGGCCGCGUCUCGGCGGUGCCGUGAACAUCUUCAGCCGAUACGGUUACCUGAGCAUCAGCAUGAGAGUUGUGCCUAGAAACGACACCGACACAUGGAUAUUCCGCGAGCCGACCUUGGACGUGUUCAGGAAUCCUGUCCCGGUAGCGAGUAGGCAACGGCAACAGGCAGCCGCCGUGUUCGACGGUGAUUUCCACAUGGAAUUCUGCGACAACAUCCGCCAGUUGAUGCAGGCUUACUUCCGGGACUUCACGUUCGAGAGGCUAGAGAGACCAUGGCGGGCGUUCACCGGUAGUUGGUCCAAGGCGGCCAUAGCUCGUCACUUGGGCAUCAACUCGUCAUUCAUCACCGGCGACCAUUGUUACGUGCUGGUACGAGUCGCCAGGUUCCGCGACAACCAGAAGCUGGCUGCUACGGCAGACUCGAUGAUCCUUGACGAGGCUGUUCUCAGAGAAACGGAGAACGUGACCGUAGGCGAUACAGCGAGCGUGGUGCGGUUCAUCAAACACUUUGGCUCGCACUACAUCGCCGCCUAUGUGACGGGCAACUCUUUGUACCAGGUGUUCGUGUACACGCCUCAAGCGUACUUACGUUUGAAAGAACGCUUGAAGACGCGCGGCGUGGCUGAUCUCUCGAACCGCGAAUUAAGCAACUUCUUCUCGCCGUGGUACGCGGAGCACAUGGGUUCCAUACAAGCCGCGAGCGGCAACCGUACCGUCGAGGCAUGGGCGGUGGAACGCCUUCGAAACCAAUAUUACAUUUUCUCGUACGCUAGCCUGCUGAAAUUGCACGGGGACGCGUUGUUGCUGAAGCAACUGGAUGGACUUCUCGAAGACGAGGCGUUGCUGCAGUUGCAACUGCGAACGCUGGCUCCGAUCUUCAAGGAUCCUCAACGACGCGAUUGGUUCCUCGAAGUAAUCGACAAUUACUUUAAGUUAUGGGAGGUGAACAUGUGAAUUCGUGUACCGAUCCUGAAAUGGACGAAAAGACCUUCUACGUAUUCCUCGCGUGGUUGGAGAACCACAAUACACACGUAUCUACAAGAAGAUGGAAGAAGCGUUGACCAGUGACGUCGACGAGAAUCCGUUUCUGUAAAACGAUUACAGUUUUUCGACCGUCGAUCAAACACGGUCCACGACGGAAGUUCACUGUUGUCCUUCCGUCGAACGAACGCUAGAAUUUAAUAGAGAAAACCAUCUAACUGCAAUGUUGUUAUAAAUAAGUAUUUAUUAUUAUAUAAUCGAUGAUAGAAAACAUUUUUAUACAAACGUUUUAAAUAUGUAUAUGUAUGUAUAUCACAAGCAAUUUUCGCAGUAAUGUUUGACUGAAAAACGCGCGACGUCUUGCUUCCGUGUUUUCUGAUAAUUACGUAGACCAACACGGAAACAGGAGUCGCGAUUUUUCUUCUUCGUAUUUUUGAGUUUGAUUCUGUUUUCAAGCGUAAUUGAAAUUCGAAACGAUACGUGUGAAAAUGAAUUGUACGCGCGAUAUAUUUUAUACUCUAGGAUAAGUUUCCUAGAGUAUCCUUAGAAAAUCCUGGACGUUUCGAUGUAAGUAUUUGAGUAUACGUGAAAAAGAACAGAAGCGAUUAACUUAUGUUUCUUAGAAGAAAAAGUUUGAGAUUAUUGGCACGAUGGAACAACGAAAGGAACUUUUUGAAAAAAAGUUACUUUAUUAAAAAAACGACUUUCAUCAUGAAAGUAAAACUUGAAACAAUUAAAAUAACAAUAGUGUUGAGUUAAAUCUGACGAUGAGAUUAAUAUAACAGAUUCUUCAAAGGACAAUCAUUUGAAGAUUGAAAAAUACGUACGAUAAUGUAUUAUAAAAGAUCAGUAUUUUUGUACGCGAUUCUAUUAUACUACGCAUUUUUUAACUGAUUUUUAAAGUGCAGAAAGAAAUCUAAAGUACUCGCAUUUAUUGAUUUUUAUAAAAAUUUGCAGAUACGCUAUGUAUAAAAUUAUAAUUAUUAUUAUUAAACUACAUUUCCGACAGGUAUCAAUAACAAAUUCCUUAUAUCCUAUCUACAAAAAUUUAUUAAAUACGGUUCGUCCGAGCACUCGAGAUUUCUUUGCUAGUUAACAUAUCAUAAAUAAAUUGUAACAAUACUUAGAACGUAUAGACGUGAACGAAACAAAUUGUAUAAAAUGUCUUUUUUUUCUUUUUUAAUUGAAUUGUUUCUAACUAGAACAAUAUUUUUACGGAUAAACUCGCAACAAUAUAAGUAUACCGACCUAUCUCACGAAAUAUUGACUAUGGUAAGAUUAGUUAAUGCUAUUUAAUAUACUAUAAUACUUAAACUCGAAAUUCAAAUAUCACAUUAGGUAUUGACAGUGACACUGAUUCCUAUUUUAGAUCGAAGGAAGUCUCGUUGCUAGCUACAAAUUGUCGAACGAAUAUUUGUGUAUCAAGCUCAAUCAGUUUUUUUAAAAGUAUGUAAUUUUGCAGAUGCUUGCUGUUCUCUACCUAAUUUCCUCCCAUUAACAACCAAUAUAACCGGAGUUUCAACGCGUAUAGAUUUGAAGUCAAAGUCCUGAAAAAAAGUUAUACUUACAUAAUUGUUAAUCUUAAGGCAACGUGCAUAUCAUCACUAAUAAUACGAACAUUGUCGAGAUAAGAAAACUUUUGAUGAAUCACAAACGGUUCAGGUAUAGCAACAGAAUCUCCAACAGUUACCCCACGACCUUUGGCAAGGUUGUAUACGGUCACGCCGAUACAUGUUUUUUCUUCGUCAACGAGACAAAAUGCGCUGAGAAGUUCAAUUUAAUUAUUAAGACAAUAAGUACUCUUUCUUCUUUGUCACUAUCGAUUUCUAAAAUAGACUUACAAAGGUACGCAAUCCGUGUCUUGUAUCCAACACACUACUUUCCCAAAUAUAACUUUCUCAGGAUUUAAUCCGAGGGUUAAAGUUUUCAACGACACUAAAUCUAAUUUUACGGUUUUCUGACCGGACGUGAAAGAGCCACCUUUAUAAGGUCCCAAAUGUUUAACAUCCAAUGCCUACAUUUAAUCAGAAGCCUAUAAAUUUGUAUAUAUACCAGCAUCAUACAUUACAGUUACGCAAUUUCACGAGACGAAAUAUAUUUUUAACUGCAAAA